GAAGUGCUAGAAGGCGGGCCUGCCAGUCCGUGGACAGCUACGGCGCCAUGAAUAUCUUACCCAAGAAGAGCUGGCACGUCCGGAACAAGGACAAUGUCGCCCGCGUGCGGCGUGACGAGGCCCAAGCCCGGGAGGAGGAGAAAGAGCGUGAGCGGAGGGUGCUGCUCGCUCAGCAAGAGGCCCGCACAGAAUUCCUACGGAAGAAAGCCAGGCAUCAGAACUCACUACCUGCGGCUGAAGCAGCAGCACCAGGAGCCCCAAGCAGUUCUGGCCCUGUGGAUCUGUUUCGAGAGCUGCUGGAAGAAGGGAAGGGGGUGAGCAGAGGCAAUAAAGAGUACGAGGAAGAGAAGCGACGAGAGAAAGAGAUGCAAGAGAAGGCUCUGGGCAUCCUGACGUACCUGGGCCAGAGUGCAGCGGAAGCCCAGACUCAGCUCCCUUGGUACCAGCUCCCCCCAAGUCGGGGCGGCCCCCCGUCUGGUCCAGGACCAGAUGAGAAGAUCAAGAACCGCCUGGACCCUCUGGGGGAGAUGCAGAAACAUUUGGGGAAGAAGAGAAAGCACAGUGGUGACAAUGGCAGUCACAGCAGAAAGGAAAAGGAGGGACCUGAGAAACGACCCAAAGAACCCCCGUCCCUGGACCAGCUUCGAGCUGAACGUCUCCAGCGGGAAGCGGCCGAGAGGGCUCGGGCACAGGCCCUGCUGGCCCGGAUUGGAGGCACGGCAGCCCAGGAGGAUCAGCCAGAAGAGGUGGACGAUCGGCGGAGGCGGUACAACUCCCAGUUCAACCCCCAGCUGGCCCGGCGCCCCCGCCAGCAGGAACGCCCCCUGGCUCACUGACUCAGGGGGUACAGGAGAGGCCGCUGCUGCCAGCCGUCAUAUAAAACUAUUUAUUCAUAAAUAUUUUCCAAAAUGAAAAUAGGUUUACCAAAAAAAGUCCCUCACUGGGGAGGGGAGGAGGGGGCAGCCCUCGCCCCCGGGCCCCCAGGGUGGGGCUGAGAGAAAGAGAAAGCCUCCCAGCCCCCUCCCUGCUUCCUGGGGGAGGGGGCUGCCCUAUGGCCUGGGGCCUCCCCCCAGUCUUCCAGGGCAGGGCCCUCACCUGGGCAGGGGGAUCAGCAUGCGGGGGGAGGGAAGGGUGGAGGGAGGGGCCGGUGUCACUGGAGGUCCCGGUCCUCCAGGUAGCGGUACUCAAAGGUGAAGCCUUCCUUCUUCCGCUGGCCCCACUUCUCGUAGUCAAAGUAGAUGUAGGUGCCCUGGCCGGGGGAGAAGGCGGUCAGUGAGUGGACGAGGUGGUCGGGGGAGCUGGCAGAGGGACAGGUCUUAGGGCCAUGGAGGAGCCAGGCACCAGGCCAACUGCCCUGCAUGCACACGCCAUCUCACUCCACCCUCACAAGGCUCUUCUCAGGUGGGAAACGUCAUCACUCCUGCUUCAGAGGAAGCAGAGGGAGGCGCAGGGAGGUCACAUGCCAGAGCCGGGCCUCGACCCCGGGCACGUGUGCCAAACAUCCUAUUGCUCCUCUCGAUGGCUUUGGCUUUCCAAGCACUGAUCGAGUGCUGAGUACGUGAUGUAUGUCCUAGGGUUUAGUCUUCACAAAACCCCUGAGGCCAUGGAACAGGCUUGGAGUCUACAUACAUCCAGGCAUGCUGCCAGGACAGACGUUUUACUGGCAACAGCGGUGGUGUGGGAACUUCUGAAGGACUGAUGCCUGGAAAUACACUAACUUAGAGGAUUACUUUGGACCAAACCGGGAGGGAACAGGAUGUCUGUAGUUAGUGUCCAAGAUGACACAGUGGGAAUGGGGCCGGGUUCUGAAUGAAUGGUGGAAAUGCUUCAAAGAACCUGAAGGAAUGGAGGGGAGGAAGUUCCCUGAGGACAAGGCCCUUGUUCAGUGCUUGGCAUCAGGUAAAGAUUUGGUGGAAAAAAACCACUGUGGAACAUACCAACUCAAAGUUGAAAUAAAGUCCAGUACGCCCAUGACACUACAUAGCAGGCACCAUUUAGUACUUACACGCCAUUAACUCAUUUAAUCCUCAUAACAACUGCAUAAAGGUAGGUGCUGUUACCCCGUUUUUACAGAUAAGGAAAUAGAGACAGAUGUUCAAGUGAAUUGUCCACGGUCACCAGCUAGAGCUGGGUUCCAAACCAGGUAGUCUGGCUCCAGAGUGUUUUGCAAGUGGGAGGUCCCAAUCAAUCAAUUACGAGAACAACAAAAGAGCUUCCCCAUCCGUGUUUGCUGAGCCCCUCUGCUGGGUGCUGGGGACUGUCAAGGUCCCCGAGCAGUGCAGCCCAUGGUCUUGGGUGGGAGACACCACAUCCCCCCACCGUGCCAGAGGAGGGGCGGAGGCACAGGCUGUGUGUGUGCCUGGGGAAGGCUCCUCUGAGGAAGGACAUGGAGGCUGGGACCUCUGGGGUGACCGCGAGCUGGCCAGUGAGGAAGAGGACAGUGUCCCAGGCAAGGCAGAUGGCCUGAGGGACCGAGCUGGCUGAAGGUGGUGGCAAAGGGAGCGGGCAGCAGGGCUGCCAGUCUGCGUGUGGAGUGGGGACUCUACCCGGACUCAGCCAGCGGGACCAGAGUGGACAGGGCACAGGGAGGGGCCCUCACCUGCUCAAACUCGUCAGUGAUGGUCUUGGGCUCCUCGUGCCUCUGGAACCACAUCAUGUACUUGGUGUGGAAUCGCCAUGACUGCUUCUUUAGGGCCUUGGCUGCCAAGUACUGUGCCUUAGUGCCCUGAGGAAUGAAGCAUGGAACGGGGGAUCAGGGGGCCUCGCAACUGGGUGGGGGCC